CCGGUUGUACUCCAUCAUGGUAACACGAUAGCAGCGGGAUGUCGCGUCUCUCGUCAACAUUGUUUAUGAAUACAAUUAUUUAUAUUCAGUCACUCGUUUCUCUGUCGAAGAACUGUUCUCGAUCCGAUAAUCGUAGUCUCUUGCUUCUGUUUGUUGUCCAAUGAUAGUUUUUGCCUUAGUUCUUGCUGUGGCGUCUUUGUGUUGAAGCCUAAAGAAUAUUAUCGUUCAAAUUCUCAAGAUGAAGGACUUCGUCGUUCUAGUGUUUUUGUUGGUUUUACUUUUGUCAGCGAAUUGUAAAAUAACGAGUGAUGUGAAAAACUGCUCACUUCAAUCAAAUCUUUUUCAAAACGUAUCACAAGAUCUUUUGUUGAAGAAACCUACAAAAGGUCUUAAUUUGAGGAUAUGUCGGAGCAAUUUAACAUGUUGUUCGCAACAAAUGGAGUAUGAAUUGUACGCUACAAGCAGCAGGAUACUCGAAGUUGCCCUUCAACGCCAAACUAAUGCCACACUUCAGUUUCUUAAAACACGAGCUUCGCAAUUCGACGGUUUUAUGAUGAAUUUGCUUCGCACAUCGAGGAAAAAAUGGAGCGAAAUGCUUGCUCGCGUGUACAUGAAUAAUUUCUAUAAAAAUCGUGAAAUUUUUGAUGACUUGUUUAUUACCUUGGAAGACUUCUAUACUGGCAAUAGGAAGAUUGAUUUGAGACAAUCCUUUCGAGUUUUUUUACAACGAACCCAAUCUACAAUGUUUGGUUUGGGGAAAGAAGAAUUAUUGAAUGAUACGGAUUUCAUAAAUUGCUCCGCUAGACGAAUCGAUGAUAUACAACCUUUUGGUAUCUACCCACGGAAAAUCACGAUGAACAUGCUUACAACGCUUGUGUACGCCAAAGUGUUCUCGACGGGUCUUUGGAAAGGGUACAUUAUUGCCUCCUCUCUGAUUGGUAAUUUUUUACGCAAAAAAUGCAUAGAAGAGUUCACCAAAGCUCAGUUUUGUGAUGUUUGUAACGGAAUUCCUGAUGCCAGAAUGUGUAAUGGGACUUGUCAUAACGUUUUGGGUCGAUGUUUCCACUUUGAUGGCAAAUUAAAUGGCUACUGGCGUGAUUACAUGCGUGGCAUGUACGCAUUAGUUGGUAAACUUGAUGGCCAGUACGACAUCACUGCGAUAUUUGGAAUGUUCAGUUUCGAUAUUUCGAGUGCUAUCAUGGAAAUGAGCAAAAAUUUCGGCAAAGUGUUGGCAAAGGCUAAGUCCUUGUGUUCUUCGAAAAAUCGAAGAAAACGAGAAAUAGAUCGCAGUGGAAGUGAUCUCUACCUGGAGGGACAACGAAAAAGAAGAAGUUCACUAAUGAAAACCACGGAAAAUCCACUAUCCUUUGACACCUUUACCAAGGAGUUUCGUGAUGAAUUGAUUAAGUUCGGAGACGUGUGGACUAACCUACCAAAGACGGUUUGUGAUUUGAAUGUGUUUGCGGCUCGUGCACAAAAUGAAAGUUGUUGGAACGGCUUUACGAUACAGAGAAAUUCGGAAGACGUUCCAAGGUUAGGGUUAUCGUUAGUCAAUGCAGAUUUAGAUUAUCAAAGGAAAAUAUCAGAUCAACUUUCGAAAUUGAAAAUAAUGAUCACGAAUCCAGUAAAGGAUGAUGAUGCUAGUGGUGAUGGUUUACAUAGGUCUGAUGACGAAGAGUCAUCUAGCGCAUCUGGAUCUGGUAGCAACGAACCUCUUGGUGACAAUGAAUCUUCUGGUUCCGGUGAAACCAUUAGGGGAAAAAACGUUGUAAAAAGUACACCACCUGUCAUACCAGAUUAUGUCUCGAACGACGGCACAAGCAAAACUUCCACUCCCGAGAAAACAGACAAUUACGCACCUACAUCUAUACUCAUUACGGAUGACGAAGAUAUCCCCUUUUCCGGCUCUGGUGAUCGUAUAAACAAUAAUACUUUGAGCGACGAUGUUCCCACUCAUUAUACAAACGAUAAUGACAACGACUCUCCUACCACACGUGGUAGCGUGAAAAUCUUUGUGGACACCACGUGGCCCUCACGAGCAUGCCAUGGAAGUGUCAUCUCACACGUUGCUAUAUUUCUCGUAACAACGUCAGGGCUCAUGUUUGUCUGAUGUGGCAGUACGUUUGAGAAGCUGUAUUUUCUGAAGAACGGAUAGUUAUUUUACCCUUGCAUUUCAAAUUUCUAAUGUGUCAUUAAAAAGUUGCCAUCGACAGACCUUAUACAUUUAAUAAUUUAUGCAUAAGUUGCUUAACGUUUUUAUAACCCUUCGCUGUUCUCUCAUCUAUUGAAAGUUAACAAUUAUGUACGAUUCCUUUGUUAACUUGGCGGUUCUCAACUUAAUUUUUGCCAUAAAUAUUUUUUCGGCUUGUGUACUUAACGUCAUUCUCAUUUGCAACUGAUGGAUGUUGGAUAACACUUUUUUUAAAGGAGUCGCUAAUAUAGAUCAAUUAGAAUAUAGAAAAAUUUAAGUAGAGAUAUUUGAUCGUUUGAGCCAGUACAGCAAAUUACGUUGUGGACUGAAUAAAAGUUUGCUGUUGGUUCUGUUCGGUGUGUUUGUAAAAAGCUAAAAUAUCAAUUAUUUGCGGUAAUAAUGGUUAUAAUAGUUAUGUCAGUUGUCAUUAUAAAACGUCUUUAAUCGAUUUGUGUUGUUGAAUUAAAGAAUCGUUCUUGUUUUGUA